AUGGAUCCAAAUUGCGGAGUUAAGACUUGGUAUUUAAAGCCAACCUUUUAUUUCCAGAUACUUUGGGCCGUAUUCAGCUUUGUAAUUAUUAUUUAUAAUAUUGUCUUAUUAAGCAAGACAACUGAUGGAUUUUUCAAUCGUGCUGUCUCAUCAGGACCAAGUACAAUUGCAGUAUUCAUUCUCAUUUUCGUCAUAUUAUCAGUUGUAGGCAAUUGCCUUUCAAUUUUCAGACUUUUCAGAAAAUACAAGAAACUCAUCCUUUACGGAUCAUGCGUUACAUCAGCUUUCACAAUGAUCCUUGCUAUUAUUUACGCUUCAGUAUAUGGCAACCAAAGUUAUGAGAAAGAUACAGCUGAUAAAGAAAUUAUUAGAUACAUGUACAAGUAUCCAAAUAAUCCUGAAACAAUCAAUUUCAAGAAGCAUAUUACAGGCAAGGAAGUUGAUGCGAUCUACAAUUACAAUGAUGCCAGAUUAACUCACGCCGGAAAGAUACUUCUUGGACUUUUGAUUACAUGGUUCUUACAACAAUGCUGCUUACUCUUUAUCUUCAUUCAAGAUGAUGAAUACGCCGAAGUUGGAAAUUCUCAACCUCUUACUGCUAAUGAUGGCCUUGCAGAAACUUACAGUAAGUAA